GCAUUUGUAUAUUAUCGAUCGAAUGAGUUCAAUAACUUCGUCUGCAAAUCAGUGUUUGAGAAAUAGGUAUUUAUAAAAUAACAACUCCGCGGUUCCCCAAAUAUUAUGACAAUCACGCGAAAACAUCAAAAGAUAAACACCACAUAGAACCCUGACAUUGGCUCACCUCUGACGUUGCAUUCCGGCGCUCCAGUCAGCUGUUUUGACCCGUCAUUGCUUCCCCAUUCAAAACAAACAUCAAAAAUAUUCCUGGAACUCACAAUCAUCUAUUUCUCCGAAAAAUCUGCCAGUGAAUGACCGGAAAACUCAAAAUUUUUGUUCAUUGCAUGCUGAGGUCAACUAAAGAUUUGGAAAUCCUGACAAUUUAGAAAAUCAAAAAAAUUUGUAGAAGCAGAAUAAACAUAACCUCGAGGAUUAUCUAGGUAUUAUACAUUUGAUUCCUCUAAUGAUCCCCAGAUGUUCCUCCCAUUAGCUUCAUUUAUCUCCAGAACCCCUAAAAAAUUCGGAAACCCCAAGCGCCCCGUCAUGUCAGCCCAGAUAUCUUUAGACGAGCGGAUGUUAAAAUCCGUCCGAAGAAUAGUUCCAUCCUUGAGUACAACGAAAUAUAAAGGUCAGGAUGGUAGGAUUGCGAUCGUUGGAGGGAGCACAGAGUACACAGGAGCGCCGUUUUUCGCAGGAAUGAGUGCCUUCAGAACAGGAGCAGACCUGGUGCACAUUUUCUGUACAAAAGACGCCGGUGGUCCGAUAAAAUCCUUCAGCCCAGAUCCCAUUGUUCACCCGAUCCUGGACCACCACGACGCGAUAAGACAGAUAAAACUCUGGCUGGACAGGCUGCACGUGAUCUUGAUAGGGCCAGGUCUGGGUCGUGACGAGAAGAUUUUCAAGACAGUGUCAGAGUUGAUUGGUAUCUGCAGAGAUCUCAAGAAACCAUUGAUAAUCGACGCAGACGGUCUGUACCUCAUUUCUCAGAAGCCUGAAUUGGUCAAGGACUACCCAGGACUUAUCCUGACACCAAAUGCCAUGGAGUUCAGUCGUCUGAUGAAGGCCUUUCUGGAUAGAACAGUCCAGCCAGUUCCAGUGGUGAAGAUCUCAGAGUUGAAGCACCUGGCGGAUUCCAUCGGGAAAAACGUCGUGAUCCUGAAUAAAGGGGCGAAGGAUACGAUUGUUGAUGGCCAUAAGGGAACGGAAGCUCUCUGUUGCGCUAUUUCUGGAUCAGGGAGACGAUGUGGCGGCCAGGGGGACCUUUUGGCUGGUGCUCUGGCUGUAUUCUGGUGGUGGGGUAUCACUGCUGGCCCCAGUGAAAUGGCACUCUCAGCUCCCAUGACAGCUGCCUACGCAGCAUCGAGACUAACCAGAGAAUGCAAUGCUGCUGCCUUCAAAGAGAAGGGAAGAAGCAUGCUGACGACUGAUAUGAUUGAACAUAUACAACCAGUCUUCAACAGACUCUUUGAACCUCCGAUCAACAACAAAUCCCUCUCCCUGAGCGGACGAAUACGCAUGAAGAGUUCUGACACUUGAGAUUGAGAUUUGAGGCGUGAGAUUUCUCGGAGAAGAAAAAAACGAAGACACAAGAGUAUUUAAAUUUCGUAUUUUAUCUUAUUCAAUUAAUAAGUGAUUCAUUGCCUACAGAAACGGAUAUACAUUUAGAAAAUAAUAAAUACUGUCGUGUUGCAUUUUAAGUAA